AUGACUGAGCAGAUUUUGACCAAAUCUAAUCAGAAGCCUUCUUUUGGAAAGAAGAAUGUAUUUUGUAUAGAUGGUGUGUUCAAACUCCCCAAGACUGAGGGGCUGGGCAAAAAAGGGGGAAUUUCUGUAAAAUCCUACUCCUCUUUUACAUAUUGCCCUAUUCCACCAAAGGUUCCUAAUGGCUGGAUUUCAGGAGCAUCUGAAAAAGGAGUUAAGGCUGGUGGAAAUGUUACAUAUGAGUGUGGAGAUGGCUUUGUAUUGAGUAAUUCUGCCACUAUCAAAUGUCAGUCAGAUGGUACAUGGGAGACUGCACCUUCAUGUACAAGUACAAGCUGCAGUCCAUUUCCACUUUUUCCCAAUGGUGGCACCAAAAAUCUUACCGCUGAAGUAAACCAGUAUGGAGAUGUUAUAGAAUUCUACUGUAAUGAAGGGUAUGAGCUAGGCAACGGUCCUAUGUACGCAUACUGUCAAAGAAAUGGGACCUGGUCUCACAAUUCACCAACUUGUGAAGCUCUAAUCUGCCCAUUGGUGUCCGUGAAGAAUGCUGUGUGGUUGACUACGGAAGGUGUACCUUUUGGCACAACAUCUUCGCUCAAUUGUUCUGGUGGCUUUAGAUGGAAUGUGACCACUUCACAAUCUCUGAUUGUAAAUUGUCUUGCAAAUAGAACUUUUGCAAACCUGGAGGAAUGUGAAGAUAUCAAUGAAUGUACAGAUGGUAUUCACAACUGUGCUGCAUCAGAGGACUGUGAAAACACCAUAGGGGGAUUUAAGUGUAACUGUAAGGAUGGCUAUUUCAGGAAUUCAACAUCUUCUCUUUGUCAAGAUAUAAAAGAAUGUUCGGUAAACAAUGGAGGCUGUAGCCACAUGUGUAAUGAGGAAGUCCCAGGCUAUUACUGCAGUUGUCAAAAUGGUUUUGAACUAUUCACAGAACAAAAUCAAAACAACAUCAGCACACCUCUUAGGAACGAAGACGGUCUUCGGGAAGGGGACACAUACUACUUAAACCAUACCUGUAUUCGAAAAACUUGCAACUCCCUCUCUCACCCAAGUAAUGGACAGCUCCUGACUGAACAUCCCUACACAUUUUAUUAUGAAGAUAUGGUUUAUUUUGAGUGUAAUAAUGGUUACAUAAUAUCAGGAAGUAAAAAUAUAACAUGUCAGGCCGAUGGACAGUGGUCAGCAUUACCACCAACAUGUAUAAGAGCAACCUGCACUGUGCCUACAUUUACAGCACGGAUGUUAAACAGCAGUACUGUUCAAGGUGGGACAGUAUACCUAUCAGAUGCAGUGACGUUUCAGUGUGAAUAUGGUAGUAAGAUCUUAGAGAGGACUAUGUACUGUGGCCAUUUAGGAAAUGAAUAUGGCUUUUUUGGGGAUGAUUUUAAUUGUCCUGAGAUUAAUUGUGGUAGUCCAGAGACAGUACCUGGUUUAGUGAACACACCACAGAGCACUACUUGGAAAAGCACAUUUGUCUUCCAAUGUGACACAGGUUUUUUAAUUACUGGUCAAUCUACCACCAACAACACGAUAGUAACAUGUGAGGAAAAUGGCAGAUGGGGAUUUGGUAACCUUACUUGUUCAGGGGCUCUUUGCACUGACCCGGGAACACCUUAUAAUGCUAUGCAGAAUGCUAUUAGCUAUGAAGUUGGACAGUCAGUGUCCUGGAGUUGUGAUAGGGAAGGUUUCUAUCCAGACCCACCAGUUGUUAUUGGCUGUGUGAUAAAUGGCAAUACUGUUGGAUGGAACUCUACAGAUCGACCAACGUGUAAAGAUGAAACAGAUCCUAUCAUUUAUGGAUGCCCUGGACCAAUUUAUAUGGCAAAGUCAACUGCAUUACCUCCCUUCACAUCUCCUCUUGCGGGAGACAACAGCAGACAAUUAAAAGACUUUUACAUAGAGCCACCAAAUGUGAUUCCUGGUGACAUUAUCAAUGAAAAUACUACACUGAAAUUUAUAUCUCGAGACUUUGCUGGAAAUAAUGCCAGCUGUGAAUUAGAUAUUAUUGUAAUAGAAGCACCUCCACCUUCACUUUCUUGUCCAAAUACGAGUGUCCUUUACAUCAACACUUCAGCUGGAUAUACGAUUGACCCUUUGGUAGACAUUCCGGGACUGGUUUUACCCUCAUCUCAAUCUGGACUGUCAGUUGUAGCAAACCCUCAAUCACUUACAGUUGAUGUCAACUCUCUUGUCCAACAGCAAAAAGUUACAGUCACAGCCUCAUACAGAGGCCUGAUUUCUUCACACUGCUCUUUCCUUGUUGCCACUGAAGCUUCUGCGUGUCUGAUAGAAACAUUACCACAAGUUGAACUGUCAAGCAAAUCAUGUGUAGCAGAUGGUUCUCAAUGUACAUUAAAUUGUAUAUCAAUCAACAACGUCCAAUAUGUACAUGCUGAUACUGGAUUACCAUCAAAGACAUUUAACUGUACAGGUGCUAACAUCUGGGAUCCACCUCCUAGCAGUGGAUCUUGUAUCAUUCAAAGAGACUCUGAUUACUCUGUUGCUUUAAACGCUAGCUUUGAACUGCAACAACCUGCUGCAGGAUGCCUAGAUGCUUUCAAAGUGGAAAACACGCUAUACUCAGCCUUAACUACUUUGAACUGUGAAAACUCUUUAUUGAUCGUCUCUCAGAAUAUUGAGUCUGAAGUUUCGGGUACAAAUAGAAUUAAUGCACAUGCAACGAUUAAGGUAAAUUCUGAGGUAGAAGUCUUCAAGACCAUAUGUAAAGACUCGAUGAACGCCUACAUAACAACACCUAGCAUAUCAGUACUCCCAACCUUUUCUAUAAAUUGUGUCACUGGUCAAUCAACUGUGAUCCCAGUCUACGCUGAUUCUGGGGUAUCCAGUUUUGGUAAUGCCUGUCCUACACCUGGCCAAGUGCUAACAAUUGAUAAGAAAUGUGUACCUACACUGCCAGGAACAUAUGAAUCAAAUGAUGUUUCUGUUGCCUGUCCGGAUGGUAUGUACCAGGACUUAUCAGGUCAGACAACAUGUAAAAAUUGUGAUGAUGGAUCAGUGUCCACUGCAUCAAGGGAAAUCUGUACAGUGAAGGAAUCCCACGACCACCUGCAGCAACUUGGUGAAAACCAAAGGAGCUGUCGUGAGCAUGAAGGGCAUGGCUCGAAUUUGGAAGACCUUGCCGUUGCAUGUGAAACGGAGGAACUUCUGUUUACAUAUUGCGUGCCUUGUCCUCCCAAAACCAGCACUGUAGAACAGAAUGGCAUGACAGCUGACACUGACUGUAAAGCUGAAUGUCAACCUGGAACCUUUUCCCAAACUGGUUAUGAGCCAUGUACAUUUUGCCCAAAAAAUUUCUAUCAAGAACUGGCAGGCCAAAAGGGAUGCAUGGAAUGUGCUUCAGAUGCCAUCACUAAUACUUCUGGCAGCAACAACUCAGCCCAGUGUGAGUUCAUGAUUGUAACUCCUUAUCUUACAGCUUGCACUGAUCCUCAGACUUACUGCAAUGGAAAUGGUGUGUGCAGUAUUGUAAACCAUCGUCCGUUUUGUACUUGUAAAGCAGGAUACACUGGAUUUAACUGUCAGAACAUGAUUGAUUACUGUUUGCCAAAUCCAUGUGUCAGAGGGACUUGUAACAAUCUGCAGGGUCUUGGAUAUAACUGCAGUUGUAAUGACGGUUUUAUUGGAGAAAACUGUGAUCAAGAAAGUAAAAAUUAUUGUGAGACAAACAAUUGUAUAGCUGGAUCCUGUAGAAACGUUAAAAAUGGCUAUGAUUGUCUUUGUCCAAUCACUGGAGAAUACACACAACCUCGCUGUGAGCAGGUGGUCAACUUGUGUAGUGGAACAACAUGUAUGAAUGGAGGCACUUGUGAAGCAUUUGGAUCGGUUCGUAGACAGUGUAUUUGUCCUCCAGGAUUUACGGGAGACAAUUGUGAAACAAAUAUAAAUGAAUGUGAUUUGAACCCAAAAGGAUGUAUGUACAAUGGUACAUGUAUAGAUAAAGACAAUGGUUAUGAUUGCCAAUGUAGACUUGGCUUCACUCAGGACAGAUGUCAAGUUCCAAAUGACUUUUGUACCACAGACCCAUGUUUAAAUGCUGAAUGCUAUAAUGACUACGUCAAUUAUAAAUCAGUCUGUGUAUGCCAUGAUGGUUACCAGUUGGACAACAAUGGGAAGUGUACCAAGAUUGAUGAUUGUGCAGGUGUCAAUUGUAACAAUGGCACCUGCGGCGGAGGGGUUUGUUUCUGUGUGUUUGGCUAUACUGGAGCUUAUUGUCAGCAUGAUAAAAUAGACUGCACCAUGAAUUCCUGUCUUAAUGGUGGCACUUGUAUAGACAAAACCAAUGGAUAUGAGUGUAUGUGUAGCUCUGGGUUUACAGGUAAUGACUGCAACAUCAACAUUGAUGAUUGUUCUGGUCAUUGUACUGGUGAACAUGUUGUUUCAUCAGGAAUGAAAUGCAUCGACAUGGUUAAUGAUUACAUGUGUGUCUGUGAAGAUGGAUGGAAAGGCCAAAACUGCACGGAGAACAUUGAUGAAUGUGCAAGUUACCCAUGCCAGCAUGGAGCAAACUGUACUGAUGGAGACAACACCUAUACUUGUAGUUGUACAGCUGGAUGGUCUGGCAAAGAUUGUAGUGUGGAAGUGGACUACUGCCCAAUCAACACUUGCAAAAAUGACGGGAAAUGUUUUAACAUGAACAGUGACUUCUUCUGCAGAUGUCAGGGAGGAACAACAGGGACUACAUGUGGUAAUGUCCCUCCAGUGUGUUCUGUCAUCAAUCCAUGUACUGACAAAGGAACUUGUAGUGAUCAGGAAGGCACAGCCAAAUGCAACUGUUUGUUAAAUGAUUAUACAGGAUCCUCUUGUCAGCUGACAACCUACCACUGUGGAAGUGAUCCCUGCGAAAAUGAUGGGACUUGUGUUACUGGAAGUGGCAUGGAUUUUUCUUGCAAGUGUAAAAAUUCUUACUCUGGUGGAACUUGUGGACAAUACAACGAUCCAUGCUCCUUAAACCCAUGUACAAGCGGAGCAUCAUGUAUGUCUGAUGAAGAAAAGUUUUUGUGUUACUGUCCAGGAGGAGAAAUCCCUACAGUUUCACAAUGUAAAAGUUCACCAAUUGGUGACAUGUUGAUUGAUGCAGCUGUAGACACCAGUGGCACCUACCUGAACAAUCCCUUUGUAUUCUCCAAUACCGAUAUGUUAUCUAUAAUGUUUUGGGUGCUAUGUAGUAAUGACACUUACAGCAAUCCUGUUAUCAUGGUAUUGGAACCCAGAGAUGUUGAUAAUCAAGGACCUGGCUGGAUGAGUUCUUCUUCAUCAUCUUAUCUGGUAAAGAUAACAAACGGAGGUGUUAUGUUUAGCAAUGAUACCAACUCCAAAAUGGUUGACUUUGACCAGAACAUCUGUGACAAGAAAUGGCAUCAUGUUGGUGUGACUUAUCAUAGCAAUGGUACCACCAAUGUCAUCCUGGAUACCUCCACAAAGGCAUUUAAUGAGAUGACUGUGUCAGGAACAUUUUCUUCUGUGUUUCAAGUACUAUUGGGUCAAAUGUUUCAAGGAAGGAUAAGCCAGCUGAUGAUUUGGAAUUCAAUAUUGUCCCAAUUUGAUAAGCUACGUGCUCUUGAAACCGUUACAAACAUACCACAACUUGACAAAAUUGUUCAAAAAUGGAUGAAUUAUGCACAGACAAGAAGUGUAACUUUCACUUCUGCCAGCACUGCUAAUCUGACUAACAACGUUUAUGAUAAUGUAUUGGAAGAUGCAUCCUGUAAGAAUGAAGACAAGAUGCCUCCAACAAUAGUCAACUGUCCAAGUGUUGCGAUGUCUUAUAGUCUGAGACCUGAUGAACGAAUAUACAACAUCCCAAAUCUAAAGAACAGUUUUGAAUUUGAAGAUUAUACUUCAGUAUAUUCUUCUGUAGUGGAUGGUGAAUCCUACCUUCGUGGUCGAUAUGUCAUAGCAGCUUAUGCCAUUGAUCAAAAACAAAACUUUGCUAUGUGCCGUUUCCGUAUUUAUGUGAAAUAUGAUGAUUGUCCAGAUCCACUGUCAAGUGGUACACAGUCUUUAUAUUGUGGCAGCAAUACCUUAUGUGGUAUACAAUGCUCAGGCAGCGACCAAGCACUCUCAGGACCUGUACCAAACAAAUUUCAUUGCACUAAUUUAGGUGUAUACAACCCAGCUGAGCCCUACCUACCAUAUGUUCUGCCAUCUUGUUCAGCCAUUGGGGUCCUUAAGAAACAAGUCGCCGUGGAUCUGAUUUAUGACCUAAGUGUUUUUUGCAAUUUGAUCAAUCAGCACACCCUUGAAAAUACAUUACGUACCCGUUUGGUGGAUAGUGGUGUCUGUGCAUCUGGUUGUACGAUAACUGCCAACUUGAGGUGUCAGUCUCCGACGGAAAGGGUUCUGCUCGUUAGUUUUGUCUUAUCAGGAUUAGCGCCAACCAUUGCACUUCUUGUAAACAACAAUCCUGAGAGCUUUACUCCAUUGGAAGCUGUUACACAAGUUGUUUGUAAUACAGAUGCGAUGAACUUUCAGAAUCUUGAGGGUGGAGCUACUCUCCGUGAAGAUGCUGGCAGUAUCGAUAUUGAAGAGUCUAUCUCUUGUGCUGAUGGCUAUCAGGUCAUUGAUUCUCAGUGUGUUCAAUGCUCUCUUGGUCAGUACUAUGACAGUGAAAGCAAGACAUGUAAGUUAUGCCCUUGGAACACCUACCAGAAUGAAGUCGAGCAGACCUCCUGUAAAUCCUGCAAUGGCAAUAAUGUUACUUUGUUCCAGGGAGCCUUUAACGCGAUUCAUUGUGUUGAUAACUGCACUGCUGGUAGUUUUUAUAAUGAGUCAACAGGGAGCUGUGAAGCAUGCCCUAAGAACUUCUACCAAGAAAACUUUGGCAAGGGAUACUGUGAUAAUUGUCCGAUUGACAAAAUCACCACUGGUACUGGGUCUGAUUCAUUUGCUGACUGCAAUGAUGACUGUCCAGUGGGAUAUGAGAGAAUUCAAAGUAACCAGGAUUGUGUGGCAUGUCCUAAAGGCACAUACCGUAUUCAGUUAGCUGAAAAGUGUAUACCUUGUCCAUUAGAAUUUACAACUGAGGGGAUUGCUACAACUGAUGCAUCAGGAUGUUCAAUUAGAAUUUGUUAUAAUGGAACCUUCAGGAAUGCAUCUAAUAAGUGUGAGGACUGCCCAUAUGGUUUUUACCAGGAUGAGAAUUUCAUGGAUCAAUGUAAAGAAUGUCCCUCAUCAGAAUCUACAAUGUCUAUGGGAUCAAAUGAUCUUUCUCAGUGUAUUUUCGUGUGUGGAGCAGGACAAGAAGUAAUUCCUGGUCAGAAGAGUUGUAAAGCCUGCAGUAGAGGUUACAUUCAUACUGGUGAUCACCCAGAUAUUUUCCAAAACUGCACUCAGUGUCCUACCAAUAUGACUACAGAGAUGACUGGCUCAACGCAUAUGGAUAACUGUUCAAUAGCAAUCUGUGCUAAGGGACAACAGCUCAAUAGCACUAGAAAUGGUUGUGAUGACUGUCCGUAUAACACCUUCCAGGAUAAAGAUAUGCCAACAUCCUAUCAAAAUUGUACAAGCUGUGGAACUGAUAGAGCUACAGUCAACAUGAAGACUACAAGUUUUGCUGGCUGUCUCGUGUAUUGUGCGGACGCUGGUACAUAUGAUGCUGGAAAUGGUAAUGGUAUUUGUGAAGCCUGUCCUCGGGGAUCUUAUCGGUCUGUUGACGACCACAGCACAACUUUCUCACCAUGUAUGAAUUGUACCAAUGGCAGGACUACAGAGGGUGUAGGCAGUAUUGGUGCAUUCAACUGUUCCAUAGAUAUAUGUGCUAAAGGACAAGAAUUAAACAGCACAGGUAACUGUGUGACCUGUCCAUUUGAUACCUACCAGGAUGUUGAAAUGCCAAAUUCAAUGGAUAAGUGUCAAGCUUGUGAAUCCAACGAAGCAACAGAAAGCAUUGGAUCCACUGAUAAAAGUCAAUGCAAAGCUUAUUGCACAGAACCUGGUACUGAGUUAAAUCAAACUGGUAUUUGUGUACCUUGUAAAAGGGAAACCUUCCGUGCAAUUGCUGACCGUACAGAUUAUUUCACAAGUUGUAUGAACUGUUCCAAUGGCAGGACUACAGAAGGAGAGGGCAGCAUCAGUAGCCUCAACUGCUCAGUUGAUAAGUGUCAAGCUGGACAAGUAGUGAACUCCAAUGGCAACUGUGUUGACUGUCCUGCCAAUACCUACCAGCCAAUUAUGUAUCCAAAUUCUGCUGUGAAAUGUUUGAACUGUUCAGUAAAUAAAGCCACUGUGGAUGUAGGACAGACAUCUGAGGCCAGCUGUGUCCGUGUGUGUAGUGCAGGCCAGCAAUACAACAAUGUCUCUGAUGAAUGUGAACCAUGUGGCAAGGGAACCUGGAAUAAUGGAAAUGAGACAAUGAAAUUCCAGCAGUGUGCAUCCUGUCCUGUAAACUACACAACUGUAGCUGGUGGCAAUACUGAUAUCAGCAAUUGUAGCCUGUUGGACUGCAAUCCAGGCUCGUACAUUUCUGGAGAUAAUUGCUUGCUUUGUGAUCUGGGAAGUUACCAACCCAACCGCCAUCAACCAAGUUGUAUAGACUGUGGUCCAGACCUGAAUACAAGCAGUUUGGGAAGCAAACUACAGACACAAUGUCAGCUUUGGUGUCUACCUGGGUUUGCUGGGUCAGACGAGUGUAAGAAAUGCCCACCUGAUGAAAUAAAACAAAUGUCUGGACUGAGAAACUGUGAAUCAUGUGAAAUGACCAAACCCAACUUCACUGCCAAUGAAGCCAGAACAGAAUGUAAUGUUGAUUUUUGUGACAGAGGAUUUAAGUAUAAUGAAUCCUCAGUCGAAAAGUGUAUUCCCUGUGAACAAGGGACAUACAAAACUGAGCGAGGCAGAGCAACCACUUGUCAAACCUGUAAUCCUGGUUUUACCACUGCUGGUGUAGCAUCAAGAAACCAGUCUGACUGUGACCAGUUGUACUGUGUGAUAGGGAAGUACUACAAUGCAACAACUGAUUCGUGUCAGCCCUGUAAUUAUGGUUCCUUCAAGAAUACUGUUGGGAACAUGAACUGUACAGACUGUGAGUCUGGUUUUACUACAUCAGUCACUGGAGCAACCUCUUCCGCAUCAUGUUCGAUCGUUGUAUGUCCAGCUGGACAAAAGAGGAACAUGCAAACUAAUACUUGUGAAGAUUGUGGAUAUGGCCAAUACCAACCUAACCCAGGACAAGUGAGCUGUAUACAGUGUACUCCUUCUUCAUACAGCACCCAAUUCACCACCACAGUUUUAGAGUCAGAUUGUAUACCAAUUUGUGCUCCAGGUUAUGAGUAUAACACCACCAGCAAAACAUGUAAUGUAUGUGGACUGGGUACCUAUAAGUCUUUGAACGGUAAUUGGCAAAAUGACAGAACGACUGUCAUAAACUGUACGUCUUGUCCUGUAUUGAAGACAACACCAACAAAUGGAUCUGUUUCUUUGGCUGCCUGUUCUUUAGAUGUUUGUAAUGUUGGAACAUACCAGCUUAAUGGUGUAUGUACACCAUGCCAAAGAUCUACGUACCAGGAUCAAAUGGAUCAAACUGAAUGUAAAUCAUGUGGCUUGGGAAAAACAACCAGGGUUUUAUCUGGAGCUACAUCGAUUGCUGAUUGUAUACCUGAUUGUCCACUUGGAAAAGGAUUCAACAACACUGAUGGCUCAGACUGUUGUUGUGUUGACUGUGAUGAGGGGUAUUAUGUUGAUAAAUCCCUUAGUGAAUUCUGCAUCAGAUGUCCUAAUGGAAAGACCAAUCUGGGACCAGGAUCAACCACAUGUGAUUACACUGCAGUUACACCACCUGUGGAACAAGUAAGAGUGAGGUUCAGAUUGAGAAUGCAAUUAAACAGCAUUGAUUGUACCAAUAGCAACAGUCUAACCAUCUUCAGCAAUAAUGUGAGAAGUAGGGUUAUAACCAGGAUGAAAUCGUUGCCAUAUAAUCUUUGUAUUCCAAGUGAUUGUUCAAACAUCCAUUCCAUGAACAUCUCACUUGCCUCAUCUCAAGGUUGUACCCCAGGAAAUGGAAAUAGAAGGCGCAAGAGGGCUGCAGGCCCAGCUACUGUUAAUUUGGAUGCUGAUGUCCAGCCAGGUUCAACGUUAACAGGAGGUGGUGUGACUAGUACACUAGUACAAUGUAAUGCAGGACAAGUCCUUCGCAGUAAUACCUGUGAAUCCUGUGCUGCUGGAACAUAUGAAAGUUCAGGAACAUGUGUUGAUUGCCCUGCCAACCAAUAUCAAGAUUUACCUGGACAAACCACAUGUAAACAAUGCAGUGCGACAAGCACUAUCGCAAUCUAUACCUCUGGAACCAGAUCUACCAUGGCGUCACAGUGUGUCUCAGUCUGUGUUGUGAAUAACGACUAUUGUAAAAAUGGAGGAACCUGUGUUGCUGACCAGACAGUCUAUUGCCAGUGUGGGUCCAGAUACUCGGGCACAUUUUGUGAGAUCAGGAGUGAACCAGACAACACGGCCUGGAUAUACAUUGUAACAGGAACUAUUGGUGGAAUAGUGUUCCUUAUCAUUGUCAUCAUCAUCAUUGUGGUGUUCUGCAGGCGAGUAAGCUCUUCGAAGCCCAAGGUUGUGUAUGAGAAACGAGAGGCCCCACAAAACAACUAUGGAUAUCAGGGUUAUGACAACGUAGGCUUUCCUUACAAUUACCCGGUCAGCCAGCAAGGCAUGACUCAGGCACUGCCUGAGAGCUACUACCUCCCCUACCAGCAGCCAUACCAACAGCCCCGAGCCAUAGUCAGUGGACGUCAACGUGGUUUUGAAGUCGAUGAUGAAAACUCUUCAGGCUACAGAUGGACCUCCUUUUCAGAACAUUGAUUUCUUAAAUUACAAAUAUGUCUUCUGAAGUAAUAAAACAUUGGAUUUGACCAUUAGUUAAAUGAAGUACAAUCAUUGAAGAUAGCUGAAAUUUGAAAGAAGAGGACAUUUAAGUUUGUAAAGAGGUAUUAAGACAUAUUUAUCUUGUCAUUUUCACCAGGUGUUCAAAGUAGUAAGACA